UUGAUAGGACUUCUCAUGCUGGCCGUCAUCUUCGGGGCGGUCUUCGGCAACACUUUGGUCAUCGUCGGCGUGCUGAAGUACGAGAGGCUGAGAAUCAUUCCAAACUCCUUCAUACUCUCCAUGGCCAUCGCCGACCUCCUGGUGGCCAUCCUCGUCAUGACUUUCAACGCCUGCCAGGAACUCUGCGGCGGCUGGCUCUUCGGCAAGGUGACGUGCGACAUAUUCAACGCCAACGACGUCCUCUUUUCCACGGCCUCCCUUCUCCAUCUCUGCUGCAUCAGUGUCGACCGAUACGUGGCGGUAACUGACCCGCUACAUUACGACAGCCGAAUGACGAGGAAGAAGGUGGCGAUGAUGUUGGGGGCAGCCUGGGGAGCGUCCGCCCUCCUCAGCCACGUGCCCAUCCACAUGCAGUGGUAC